AUGGCCGAAGCAGCAGAGACAGCCGAGGAAACCGAGCCAUGGAUUCAGCAGACGCAGGCUACCCUCGGCACGCGAAUCGCGCGCCCACGCAUGCUGCCGGAGAGACUGAGGAAGCCUCCUUUCCGCUUCCUCUACGACAUUGCCGCUGAGGUGGCCAGGCAGACUAACUUUGGCGCCUUAGAACUCUUCGGCGGUGACCCGGGACCCAAGCCGGAGCCUCCCCAGAAGCGCGACGACAAGGUCGACUUCCUCCAGCGUUGGAUCGCACUCGUCGCAGGAGCACUGCCGGCGCAGGCAGUAGUGCUGGAGGAGGUGUCCGCAGUAGACGUGGUCUGUGGGGCCAACCCGGACAAGACCAACUUUUUACUGCAGUGCCUGGCACAAGCAGCUUGGCAAGAGGAGGCCCCUGUGGCUGGCGCGCCAGAGGUGCCUGCGCCAGUCGAGUCGGGCGAGGCAUCGGAGAAGGCGAACCCGCCACCUCCUGUGCCCCAGGCCGAGGCAAGAAAUGCCACAAGCUAA